AUGGCACCACUGCGCAUCGGCUUCGUGCCAGAACACUUCUCCACACCGCUCGAGUUCGCGAAGAAGCACUACGGCCUCGACGCGAAGCUCCUCCCGUUCCCCAGUGGCACAGGGCACAUGGUCACGGCCCUGCAAGCCGACGAAAUCGAUAUCGGAGUUGGCCUUACCGAAGGCUGGAUAGCGGCACUGGGAAAAGCACAGGCGGCUAAGCAGGACGCUGGCUUCAGCGUGGUGGGGACAUACGUCGAGACUCCGCUGUGCUGGGCCAUAUCCACAGGCGCCAAGAGGGAUGAGCUCAACGGAAUACAAGACCUGAAGGGCAAGAAAGUCGGCGUGUCCAGGAUAGGAAGUGGCAGCUACGUGAUGAGCUUCGUGCUUGCCGACCAGCAAGGGUGGCUCGACACUUCUUCGUCCAACAGCCCACCAUUCCCCGUCGAGGUGCUGAACACGUUUGCGAACCUCCGUGAUGGAGUCAACGACAGCACGGCCGACUUCUUUAUGUGGGAGCACUUCACGUCGAAGCGCUACUACGACAACGGCGAGAUCAAGCGCAUCGGCGAGAUCUACACACCCUGGUCCUCGUGGAAGAUCGUCGCCGCAAACCAUCUAUUGAACCCGAAGAACUGGAGUUCGGCACCCAACGCCAGCAAGCCAGUGCUUACUGGGGAACUCGAGGACGUCAUGGACAAGAUCAACAAGGGAGUCAAACACUUUGAGGCGAACCAGGAAGAGGCCGUCCAGUACAUCAGCACCAAGCUCGAUUACUCGGAAGAGGACGCGCGAGAGUGGUUGAAGACUGUUCGCUUCGCCAAAGAUGUGAAGGGCGUGGACAAGGAGGUUGUGAACAAGACCGUUGGCAUACUGCAGAAGGCUGGUGUGUUGGGCGGGCAGGUUGAUCAGCCCGCUAUGAUCGGGCUCGAGCGACAUGCGGCAUGA